AGCAUGGAACCUGUUCUGCAUAUCUUUGCCACUAUAAUAAUAGUUGCGGAGUUCAUUUUUGGGAAUCUGAGCAAUGGGUUCAUAGUGCUGUCAAACUUCUUGGACUGCAUCACUAAACAAAAGCUUUCCUUAAUGGAUAAAAUCCUUCUUACAUUGGCGAUUUCAAGAAUUACUCUAAUCUGGGAAAUAUAUAUUUGGUUCAACACUAUAUGUGAUCCAGCAUUAUUUGUGAUUGGAACAGAAUUAAAAAUUCUUCAUUUUAGCUGGAUACUUUCUAGUCACUUCAGUCUCUGGCUUGCCACAGCCCUUAGCAUCUUUUAUUUUCUCAGAGUAGCUAAUUUCUCCUGGAAGAUAAUUCACUACUUGAAAUGGAGACUUAAACAACUGAUUGUGGGGGUACUGCUGGGAAGCUUGGCCUUCUUGCUUGCAAAUCUGAUAAAAAUGAGCAUCACUCUUGAAGAGAAGAUCCAUCAAUAUGGAAGAAAUAGUACUGUGAAUUCCAUGGAUAUGGGAAUUUCCUUGUUUUCAGAGCUGAUGUUAUUCAACAUGACUCUGUUCGCUGUAACACCAUUCUCACUGGCUUUGAUUUCUUUUCUCCUGUUAAUCUUCUCUUUGUGGAAACAUCGACAGAAUAUGCAGCUCAAUGCCAGAGGAAACAAAGAUCCCAACACCAAGGCACACACAAAUGCCAUGAAAAUUAUAGUCUCCUUCCUUCUGCUCUAUGCUACUUACAUUCUGUCCCUUCUGACAGCAUGGAUUGCUGAGAAACAUCACAGUGAACUAGUUCACAUUAUUUGUAUGAUAACUGGACUCAUGUAUCCUUCAACCCACUCAUUAAUCCUGGUUCUAGGAAACUCUAAGUUAAAGCAAAAUUCUCUUUUGAUACUGAGGCACCUUCGAUGUAGGCUGAAAGAAAAGAAUAUACCAACUGCCUAA